AUGCUAACCUUUCUUACCUAUUUAUUAACUAAACGUUGGAUGAUCAUGGCCUUUUGCUCUCGUAAUCUUGUUACAUUAAUGAAUACAAUGCAAAAUAAUUCUCGUCCAUUCGACGAAAUUCUCUGCUCAUUUGAUCCAACAAUGGAUUCAACAACAGCAGUAACUAAUAACAAUGAUUGUCAUCAACAAAACACUUAUGACGAUUGUUUAACUUGA